UCCCGGCGCAGCCAGACCGCAUAGACAGUUUCGCACGAGCUCGGUAGCGGAUCAGUGAUUUAAUCGGAGCAGGCAGAAUAAAAACGCUUUACGUCGUUUUUACCUCCCAAACACCAGCUUUGGAUCCGGAUGAAGUGAUAUAUUUGUGCCACCAUCCGAGGACAAGAAUGAGACAUCUAGGAUGAGCAUUGGUCACCCAGGAGUUCUGAAGUAAGAGUUGCUGUCAUGGGUGUCUAUACCCAUCCAUCACUUUUCUUUGUGCUCACACUUUUGUCGGGACUGACAUGGGCAUCAACCACGCCUUCAGUGACCACUAGAGGUCCCCAUUUCACCAGCUGCUUGUCUCGGGAGCAGGAGACUUUUCGCUGCUGGUGGACUGCAGGAAAUUUGCAGAACCUCUCGCAGGCUGGUGCCCUCAGGGUUUUCUUCCUCAACAAAAAUGUGUCCCCUGGGGGCUGGAAUGAGUGUCCUCACUACAGCUCCUCUGAGUGCUACUUCAGCUCACGUUACACGUCUGUGUGGACUUCGUACUGCUUGCAGCUGCUCUCGGCCUCCCUGAAUGUCACCUAUGAUGAGAUAUGCUUCAAUGUCGAGGACAUUGUCUUCCCUGAGCCCCCAGUGGGCCUGAACUGGACACUCCUGAACGUGAGUCGCUCUGGGCUUCACUUUGACAUCCUGCUUCGCUGGGUGCCUCCACUGUCCGCUGACGUGAGUGCAGGAUGGAUGAGCUUGGAGUAUCAGACCCGGUACCGUGAGAGGGGCAGCCUGAACUGGCACACGCUGGGCAUUGAUUCCAGGACCCAGAAGUCCAUUUAUGGACUGAGCACCGGCACAGAAUACGAGGUACAAGUCAGGUGCAGGAUGGUGGCAUCUGAGAACUUUGGAGAAUUCAGCAACAUCACACUGGUCACUCAGAGCUCCUCUAAAGAUUCAGGAUUUGCUCUGGGUGUGCUGCUGAUCUUCGGAGCUGCAGGAGGAAGCACCAUACUUCUGUUGAUUGUCUUGUCCCAACACCAGAGGUUGGCAGUGUUGUUCUUACCACCUAUUCCAAGCCCCAGGAUCAAAGGGGUCGACCCAGACCUGCUGAAGAAUGGCAAAAUAGAUGAGGUCAACUCCAUUCUACACAUCCACCCCCACAAAGCGAACAUCUGCAAUGAAGAUUUGCUAAUCGAUUUCCUCAAGCUGGACCUGGAGGAACCAAACCACAGAGCGGAGAAAUGCCUUGUGGACCCAGGCAAACCUGCUGUCCCGUGCCGGAAAGACGAUUUGACCCAAGACAGCAGUUUCAGCUCAGAGCAGCUUAGGCCCCAGGCCGCACUCUCCAGCACAGCACCUCCGCAGCCACUGUCUCCCUUCUCCUCCUGCCAGUUAAGCACAGCCUCCAGCAGGCCACUGCUUGCUAAGCAGAGCUGUAGCCCCUGCUGUGGCACUGCGGCCUUCUACAGCCAGGUGGGUGAGGUCACUUCUAUAGGUGGAGUCAUGCUGUCCACUAGACAAGAGCGUAAAGUGGAAAAGGAGAUGAGGGUGACACAGCCUGAGACGCCAGACAGCAGCACCUACACCUCAGAGGAGUGUGCUAGACACAUUAGCGCUGACUCCUCUACAGAGGGCUGCAAACCAUCAGCCAAGACCUCCAGCCUGCCUGUACCCCCAGUCUCUGGCUACAUGAUGCUGUAGGGCCAAACCCUAACAUAACCCCUGAUGUUCAUGCUAUUAUGCAUAAACGGUCUCCAUAAGAGAUUCUUCUUGCUCAGAUAUUUUUGAGAAUCAUGUUUAUUUGAAUUGUACAUUAUCUAAAUUAAAAUAAUUAGGGUACUGGGAGUCUGGCACCUGCAAAUGGUGCUGAUUGACACUUUCGGUUUACAGUAUAAACAUGCAUAUCAUUACAGACAUUGUUGAGGUUUUUUUCUACAAAUGGACAAUCUAAACAUUUUGUAUUGCUCUAGUUACAUGGGUCAGUAGGCUAUUUUUAAACGGUUUAGGUAUCAUUUAUGCUGCUCAUCUGCCCGUAAACUGUGUCUGUUUAAGAGAAAGCUUUACAGCAAUCGGAUUACACGCAUAUAAUCAUUUUUGCUGACUUGGUUUUUGGUAAAGGCUCGUCUUUAAGCUGCGUACGAUGGCUUCUGCACUCAGCUUCCAGCUUGAGAUUUUGCAGGAAUGGCUUUUCCGCUGAAGACGCAGUGAAUUGUUAGUGCUUGAUGACCAAAGAAAUAGCGGAUCCAUCUGUGAUUUACUCUGCUCUGGUUACUGUAGUUUUCUUGUCGCACAGCACAGCCAUCAGUCGUGAGUACAUGUGACAGAAUUCCUGGUUUACUAGGUGUUUAGUCACUACGACGGAAAUAAGAGCACAGUAAUAAGACAGUAACACAGAGUUUACAUGAAAUACAUGCACAUGUGUAUGACAACAUGAUGUAUGUUAAUAAAAUGUACAAGGUCGUACCUACUGAAAGGAAAAUCAUCACUUAUUAAUAAUCAAUACUGAGCUAAAGAAAAACCUCCACUAGAAUUAACGAUACAAAACGAGGACCGGGCUCCCUUCAGUGUCUUAACAGGCACUGGAAGACACAGUCACAGCGAUGGACUUUAAAAUAUAACAUCUUCAAUAAGACUGACCUUAUAUCACGGGUACAUGUUUUACUGAGUGUUGUCAAGUCCUUUAUUAUAAGUGCCUUUGGGCUUUUUCUGAAAUUGCUUAUAAUUUCACCGAGUUGCAGAUUGUGUGUUUUUUUUCUUAUUUUGAAGCUGUACAAACUGCCUGUUACCUUUCUGUACUGCCACAUUCUUCUCAUUCACACAUUAAUUCACUUCUUAAUUUGCUGACUAGUUUCAACCAUUUCGGCUAACUUGAUUAAAUAUGAGUUUACAUCAUCUUCCACCACUUAAUUUUUGGCCAGAAUUCGACAUUGAAUGAGUGUUUAUAGGUUAAUUAGGACUUCUUGUCAUGCACAUAUGUCAUAAUUUUGCAUCUCUCUGAAAUAUGUUGUAAUUUUUUGGUUUAGUUUCCAAUAAUGUGUGUAAAAUGUGCUACAAAGAAUCAAAUAUGGUCUAUGGCGGGUUAUUUACUGUCACUAACAAAAGAAAAUGAUAAAUUAAAACUUCAGAAAUAUG